UUAGGAGGCAGGAGCAGCUUCACUCUACCUCACCGCUCGGACCGCUAACCGCGCGCAUCGCUACAGCUACCGGACCUGGAUCGUGGACGCCUGUAAGAUGGAAAUGUACCAGGCUGGUUAUCACAUGGAAGAUUUCAGAACACAAGAAGUUCCGGCUGGAUUUGACUUUGCGUCCUAUGAUUCCAGUGGAGAAGAAUUGUCCUUCCUCUUAGACAGCAAUGUGUCCGGGCAGCAGCAGUACAUGGACACAUAUGGAGAACAUCCAAAAGUUAUCAGAAGUUAUGAUCAUAAAGCUGGGUCCAGUGACUCCACCUUGUUCAAUUUAGAUGCAUACCCAGAAUUCAGCUGCUGGACAACUUGCACAAAUGAUCCUCCAGGCACGGCUGGUUUGGACCAGUUUCAAGCAGGAUUUCAAGAGGCUGGGCCAACAUACCAGAAUCUCCUGCCCAGCUGUCCCUCAGUGCAGAGCAGUCAUUUCAGUUCUGAUGUAGCUGGUGAACAUGGCCACUACCUGCCAGGGUCAGGACCCAACCAAGGGGUGGUGUCCAGCUCUGUCAGUCUGGAGCAUCUCGGUGACUCUGGAUCAGCUUUUAAGGCAGAGAUGCAGAGCAGAAGCCAGUCGUUCUGGUCAGCAUACCCGUCUCCGAGCUACUGCCCUCCUUCUCAAAGCCUUCCUCCAUCUUGUGCCUCGUCCCCCGAGUCCCAGCCCCCCGAGCAAUACUGCCCCCGCCUGGUGAAGCGCAAAAGCACAGCCCAGAAACCAGAGGCAGACAGAGAGGUGACCGGGAUGGCAGCUUACACAGGCUCAGGGCCAAUCCAGCUGUGGCAGUUCCUGCUUGAAUUGCUGCUGGACUCCACCUGCCGGCCCUUCAUCAGUUGGACAGGAGAUGGCUGGGAAUUCAAGAUGUCUGACCCCGCUGAGGUAGCUAAACGAUGGGGACAAUGCAAAAACAAGCCCAAGAUGAACUAUGAGAAACUUAGUCGGGGGCUGCGCUACUACUACCAUAAGAACAUCAUCCACAAGACAGCAGGCAAGCGCUACGUGUAUCGUUUUGUGUGCGAUGUACAGGGAAUGCUUGGAAAAACUGCCCGGGAGGUGUUGGACAGCCUCAAUAUUGCCCCUGUGGAUGUGCCCUCCCAUUAUACAGCAGCCACAACCCCCCAGCAGGGUGCUGAAGGACACCGACGACGCAUGGUUGACCCGGUAGAAUGAACUCUUAGCGCUGUCCUUAAGCUACAACUAUCAGCACAACAUGGCUUACCAGGACAUGUCAUCUCUGGUGACCUGCUUAUCCUGCUAAGUUCUCAUCGGUUGUGGGACGUGGCCCUGUCCUCUUGUCGCAAUUAUGUGUCUGCCCCAUGGAUCAAGAUCUUUGUAGGAAUGACAUAUGCUUGUCAAGUGACCACCAUCGCAUUUAUCACCUCUAAUUGGUCUAUGGAGUGAAAAGAAAAUAAACAUUUAUUCCCACGCUGUUUGAGCUGUUGUCAGGGCAGUUCACAAUCAGCUAGCACUGUUUUAGUUCCAGAUCAAAUGAACUUAAAUAAAGAGAAGAUUGAAAGAAGUAGCUGUUUAAUAAGAGGUGUGAAACACCAAGUCAGUAAUAUGAAUUAUCUUAGAUGAAAAUGUUUCUUUUUCCCACAUCUACCUCCUUAUUUUGUAGCAAUAUUGUGUUGAAAAGAAUCAGCACAAAAACUAUUUAGCUUACUUGUAACGUAUUAUAGUUGUUGUAUCCCAUUAUAUUUUGCUAUCAU